CCUUCCUUUUGUUUCCUACCGACCUGUUUUAUCUGCUGCACUUCCACUAUGAAACUCAGCGGAUUGUUCGCGUCCAAGGAUCUGCACGACUUAUUUUCUCUGCAAAUCGACUCGGUUUGUGACUUGUCAACAUGUUACUGUUUUGCCCCACCUGUGGGAAUGUUUUAAUCGUCGAAGAAGGACAAAGAUGUAUGAGAUUCACCUGUAACACUUGUCCAUAUGUACACAACAUCACCAGAAAGGUGAACAACAGAAAGUAUCCCAAGUUAAAAGAGGUGGAUGAUGUUCUUGGCGGCGCUGCAGCGUGGGAGAACGUGGAUUCGACAGCAGAAACGUGUCCGAAGUGUGGGCAUCCCCGGGCUUAUUUCAUGCAGAUCCAGACCAGAUCAGCUGAUGAGCCGAUGACAACUUUCUACAAAUGCUGCAAUGCACAGUGUGGACAUAGAUGGAGAGAUUGACUGUUCUGUAUUAAUGUGAAAAUUUCUAAUAAGCUUCUGAUUCUGCUUUGUCUCUUGAGAAUCUUUACCCUCAAAUACAUUUCUUAUUUAUAUGCAACAGACACUUGUCGGACAUCAUAAAUUUAAGAUAAUAAAAACAACUUCUUCUUGACUUUUAUUGAUUAAAUAUUACUUGUGUACAACAGUCAACUGUCUUACAUUGUACAUUAUCACAGACAUUAUAGCAAUGCAAUUUUCACAAGAACGUUUCAGUCCUCCAACUCAAAUAUCGUAUUUGCAUUGAUUUGUCAGCCUCAAGAAAAUAUAAAAGUCAAAUGCGCAUUGAAUCAGGGAGCUAAUCAGCUGAAUUACUUGUCUGAAGUGAGGUUCAGGUAGAUGAACUCUCAAUAGGCACUAGGAAACAAACAAUUGGACAUGCAGUGACGGUACACUGAUCAUUCACUAGCAGCAGACAAUUCAGUGGAAUAGAAGUUGAUCUGCAGUGAUUCAAAUUUUUAUAUUUUAAUUGAAGCUUAAUAAAUGUAUCUAACAUGCAUUUAGGCAAUGCAAGUAGUCUUAAAGAACUGGUGCCAAGGUUGAUUUUUGCACAGUUUUUUUUUUAAUAUAUCCUACUUGAAGAGUUAUAAGUUUGAUAUCAUGCAGUUCUUUUAUCAGUGACAAAAUAAAUAUUAACAUGUUUUCA